UAAAUUGUCAAGAACGUUUGAUACGAAUUAUUGCUCAAGUUUGAUUUUUUUGUUCCUGUCCUGUUUAAAGGAUUUUCACAUUGAUUAUUUUCCUCAAAUAGUGUCUGAGGAAAUAUAGUACUACGUAUGAUAAAAACGAUCACGGAAAUUUUAUUCUAUCGACCGACUUUCGAACUUACAAUGUGUACUCUUCGCCAUGGUGACAGGAGAACCAUUAUAACAACUUAACAGGAGUUAGAAUUUUUUUUUUUAAAUUCUUCUCAAUGUCAAAGAAGAGAAAUCCGUUACCGCUUAGAUCGAAGCACGACAAACAAGACUGCCUUUCAGCCUCGAUCAGCAGCAGUUCUUCAGAAGAAAGUUUCGACGUCGACGAGUUGGAAGGAUGGCUUAGUGACGAGGAACUCAGGAGCCGUUCGGCGUCCAGCUGCUGUGCUUGCAGUCUCUGCGACGACAGCGACGUCUCCACGUGCUGCAGCUGCAGGUGCUGCAGGGUCGAGUCGCUCAUUUCGGUCUCGUCUCUCUUCUCGUCUCUCGAUUCUCUCCUCUCCUCGUCUUCCAGCUCGGAGUCCGUCGACCCCGACUUAUCCGAGUGCUCGGCACUUUCUUCCGGCGAAGACUGCAGGCGUAAAAAGCUCACGCAGAAGGCGAUACGAAACAAAGCGAAAUAAUUGUUUUUAUGUAAAGAAUGUCUCCAGUUUGUAAAUAUAAUUAUAUAGAUUUUUUUAUA